UCUGUGACCAUAACAUUUGAAUAUUGCAAGCACAACAGCCAAUACACUUGCUGAAAUAUAGUGAGUAAUUGAACAUCAUAUUAUAUUGGGCUUGAGAGAGUAAUGGCAAUGUUUAAUAUUGGUGUAACAUUUGGUUUUGCCAUGAUGGUUCUGUUUCAACGCUCUGUGGCACAAACAGUGUAUGUGGUCGGAGACAACGACGGUUGGACUGUUCCACAGGCCGGUGCUCAGGCAUACAUUACCUGGGCUAGUGGCAAGAACUUCAUGGUUGGUGAUACCCUAACUUUUGAUUUCACCACCAACAAUCACGAUGUUCUCCGAGUUCAAAAAGAAUCCUUUGAUGCAUGCACAUCUUCAAACUCUAUUGGAGACGUAAUUUCUACUGGUCCUGUUAACAUUACCCUUGAUUCUACUGGAGAGCACUACUAUAUCUGUACUAUUGGCAGGCAUUGUCAAUUUGGACAGAAGCUAGCUAUCACUGUCUCAUCACGCACAACAGGCGCAUCACCACCCUCCACCACCCCUAGACCAUCUCCACCACCAAGUCCUACAGCUACUCCUUCAGUACCGUCUUCAAAUAAUACCUCGGAUGGUUGUGCUCCAACACCAGCACUAAGCCCCACGAGCUCAAUGGCUCCAGGGUCACUUCCAACUAUCCCUCCUCCACCUGGUUCAUCGUCUUCUAAUGUUUUGGCAAGUUUCUUGAUGACCAUGCUAGCUGCUAUCGUUGGUUUGGUGUUUUGAGAUUAUGGAGAGGGGCUUAUAUAUAGUUAAUGCUUUUAAUUAAUUAAUUUUUAUAUUUAUUUUGGCAUUGUUAUCGAGUUUAUCUUUUUCCAUUAUUAAUAAAAGUGGUGAUUUAUUUA